AUGGGUUCACCCUUUGGCCCUCUAAUGGCCAAUGUCUUCCUCUGUCAUCUUGAAGACAAGCUUACUCGCGAUAGUGUGAUGCCCACGUUUUACAAGAGAUAUGUUGAUGACACCUUGGCCAGAAUGCCCAGCGCCGAUGCUGCAGUUGGUUUUCUCACCACUCUGAAUAGCCUCCACCCCAGCCUGUCUUGUACGAUGGAGCUUCCUGUUGACAACAAGAUCUCCUUUAUCGGCAUUGAAAUAAUCAAGAACCGAACAAAGAUCGACAUACAAGCAUAUAGUAAGCCAACGGCAAACACUGGCUUGUUGCUGCAUUUUCAAAGCCACACAGACAAGCGCUAUAAAGAUUGCUUGCUAAAAACAAUGAUCCAUCGUGCAUAUGCUCUAUCCUCAACGCCUGAAGCCUUCGAUCAAGAAUGCACCAGACUACGUUCCAUCUUUACUCGACUUGAUUAUGCCUUGGCAGUAAUGAAUUCUACCAUUACCAAAACCAUUCAGAGCUUUUCAUUUGGCACGAGAGAGAAAAACAAGGAAGGCAGCAGCGUUGUGCGAGUGAUUUUGCCCUUCAAAGAUCAAACAUCAGCUAACGCAGUUAAAAGGCAAAUGCGUGAUCUCAGUCACAAGAUUGGUACUACACUACAUCCCGUUUUUAUUAGCAGAAAAUUGGAACAAGACCUCAAGCUCAGAGAAAUCAAGCCUCCAAUCGUAAAUCAACAAUGCGUAGGCUUUUACAUGUGA